AUGGAGAUGUUGCAGAAGCUCUUGGCCGUCGGACUGGUCACCGUCAUCUCCACGGAAGAUGCUUUCCACCUUUCCCUGGCAUUUGUCCUUGGCAUGGCGGCUACGAUUGCUAUGGUUCAGCCUUACAUCCAGCCACAGAUGAACGAGCUCCACUUCUUUUCCUUGCUGUGCCUCGCAGCGGCGGCUGUGGGAUUUGCCGGAGCUGGCAACCCCAAAGCGCAGUUUCCGCAUUGGCUUUGGCUGAGCCGGGUGUCUGUGCUGCUUCCUUUCCUGCUGGCCGCCGGGCAGGCGCUGCGCCCGGACAGCUGCGAGGCGUUGGCCAUGCGCCUCUUUCAGGAGGCCCGGCAACAGCUGGAGGUGCUGCAGAAGGGGCAGGAGGUGGAGCUGGUGGUCAAGACCGUCAGCUUCAUUUGUGAGCAGGCUCAGAUGGAAGAAGUGAAGAAGCCUGCUCGGCGAGAUCUUGGGGAGCGCCGCGGGGAAGUCCUGCCGUUCCCUGACAGUUGCGACGAGCUGAAGACGGGCUGGUACAAAGUGAACAAAUCAGGCCUCCAGCUGCCGGACUGCACCAUUGGCGCUGGGACGGAUGUCCAGGUUGAGAUGGACGGGCCGUGGGUCGUCCGCGGGAAUCUCACGGUGCGGGGCAACGUCACCUUCCAAUCCAAUGGGCCACCCGACAAGCUGGCCGAGGCUUGCCUCCAAGUGAUGGAUCGCCUGACAGUCUCCGGCAAGCUGGUGAUGAAGCGCUGCAAGAAUUUUGCAGUGGAUGGCCAUGGCGGCUGCCUCAAGGCCACCUCUUUGUCCAUGGAGGAUCGGGGCUUUUGCAGCUGGAGGAGUGCGCAUCGUCGGGAGUUGGGGGGUGCGCGGCGCUGGGCAGCCUGCACCAAAGGAGGCCGGCGAGAUGCGCUUCAUCAAGUCCCGCACAUGGUGCAGGCCUGUACGUGGCGGAUGAUCUGA